UUGGGAUGGAGCCCUCUAGGGAUCCCCCCUGAAUCCAUCCCCUCUUUGCCCUGGAAAGGGGGGGGGAGGGGAGCCUCCAUCUUCCUAGCUCCAGCUUUUGGGGGAGGGACAACAGCUCCCAGCAUCCCCCAGCACUCCUCAAAGCUUCUCCUCCCCCAAAAAGCAGCAGAGUAGGAGCCCCAUCCUAAGUCACAAGGGAGGCAUCCUCCCAAAGCCACUUUUGGAAAAGUUGGAAAAGCUUUGGAAAACUUUGGGGAAAGUGCAGAGAGCAGAGGAUCCCAGGGACAAAGGGCCGGUCCUGAGUUCCGAUGAUGAACAUCCUUGCUCCGGUGAGAAGGGACCGGGUCAUUGCUGAACUGCCACAAUGCUUCACCAAAGAGGCGGCCUUGCACUCCCGAUCCUCUUUCCACCCCAAAGUGGCUGGCAUGUGCCAAGCGCAGCGGACGGGGACCGUGGGGUUUAAAAUUUCGAAGAUCAUUGUGGUGGGCGAUCUCUCGGUGGGGAAGACUUGCUUGAUCAAUCGGUUUUGCAAAGACACCUUUGACAAGAACUACAAAGCCACCAUCGGAGUGGACUUUGAAAUGGAGCGCUUUGAGGUGCUGGGGGUGCCCUUCAGCCUGCAGCUCUGGGACACUGCUGGCCAGGAACGCUUCAAGUGCAUCGCUUCCACCUAUUAUCGCGGAGCUCAAGCCAUCAUCAUAGUUUUCGAUGCAAGCGAUGUGGCCUCGCUUGACCACGCCAGGCAGUGGCUGGCAGAUGCCUUGAAGGAAAACGACCCUUCCAGCGUCAUCCUCUUCUUAGUUGGGACCAAGAAGGACCUCUGCUCUCCUGCCCAGUACACCCUUAUAGAGCGGGACGCCCUCAAGGUGGCCAAAGAGAUGGAGGCUGAAUUCUGGUCCGUCUCAUCGCUCACAGGCGAAGGCGUCCGAGAGUUUUUCUUCCGUGUGGCAGCCUUGACUUUCGAAAGCAGCGUCAUGGCGGAGCUGGAGAGGAGCAACGCACGGCGGAUCGGGGAAAUCGUCCGGAUCCACAGCAACGAGCGGGAUUUGUAUCUGACGGAGAAACGGCGGAAGUCCAAUUGCUGCCAGUGAGGAAGGGCACCCCCGGGUAGCGCACCAGCUUUGCCCGCUUGUACAUUUUGCACUGAACUUGUAUUUUCCAUACCAAAGGAUAGAUGCACCAUUGCACAUGUCUGCGCUCGACUGCUGUUGGAACAGGACCGUUGCCCAAAUGCAAGAAGGAAAGCCGUGCUGCGUUUUCCUCCACCUUCCGAAGACAUGGAGCAUCCCUUCCUUCGCAGCCAGAGAAUAAGGAUUUCUACUCAAGCUUUGGUUCAGAGGUUUGUUUUGGUUCAGAUACAGAGACCUCAGAACUGGUUUUAAGGUGCAGUGGUGGUCUUCUACACUGCCCAAAUAUGACAAGCCCUAGAGCAUUGAAUCGUGACAGUUAAAGCAAUGUCAAACUGCACUAAUUCUUGAAUGCAGACGUGCCUUUGGCACUUGAUUAUUUAGGAUGUGUCCACACUGCAGAAACAAACUAUUUUGGGAACCAGGUUUUAAAGCAGCCAAAAUGUCAUUUCCCCUUCAGUCUCUCAAUCUUUAGCAUUGCAGAGAGCGAGAUGCUGGUUUCGUUCGCACACAGAAACCGUCUUCCGUUUGCAAAUGUGGGUUUGCACAUUCGCAAAUCUGCCCGUGGGUUGCGCCCUGAAAGCUUGCGUCGUAUAUUCUGCGUGUGCCCCCAUAAAGGCAUUACUGUUUUGUGGAUAUUUUAACACUCUUGCCUGACAAAAGUGGAGCUCCCAAAGCUUGCAUUAUAUAUUUUGUGCAUUUUGGUUGGCCCUAUAUAGAUAGACAUCACUCUUUGGUGGAUUUUGGAUGCUGCUGUACUUUGCAUUCGGUGAGUUUUGGAAUAAAGAGUUUGCUGAAGUGUGUUGACCAGUUCAUCUUUUUGCAGA